AACAGAAUACCACAGCCAAGCAAUUUCCAUGUCAAACAUCGCUCUGCUCAGUAGCUCCAUUUGUAAGUGUGAAUCGCAGACUAAGCUCCCUGCGCAGUCCACAGAAGGGCCGUUGCAUACCUUCACACGCACAGAGACUGGGGGUGCCAUCCCACUUCAAUUCCGGUUGUUGAGCCUUUUCACCCCUCGCCUUGUCUUCAAAUGGAAAUGAUUUCUAUUGGCCCAAGGUGUCCAUGUAAAUAGGUGUAAAUGAAACCAGAUUAUGCCUCUCUCUCUCUUCUCCCUCUCUUUCAGCCCCCUCCCUCUCCAGCCUCCUCUCCCUCCCUCCAUUCCUCCUCCCCCUUCUUCUCUUCCUCCUCCUCCUCCUCCCAAGGCGAUUGUCAUAUGAUAGCAAAGAAGUGGCACAUUAAUGAAGCGCCUCUACAGGGGUCUUUUCUGCUCCUGUCACUGCAUAAAACUAUCAGAUGGUUACAGGAAGGACAUGGAGGCAACUACCUAGCUCAGCGUCGCGGCGGAGGAGAGAGCAGCUCCCGCUGCAGCCCCGGAGCUUUUGCCGCUGCCUCCAGUGGUCAUUAGAGCCCAGCUUGCCCGCGGGGAGGGGGGCGCAGAAUCGGAGAUCGCCAGGGACUGGGCGGCUACGGGGUUCCGAGGAGCUGUUCCGCCGCACAGCAGAGCAGAGCGCCGAGCCUUACGGAAAGGCGCUAGAGCUGCUGGGCUUAGGGGAACGGACGCCCCGCGGGCAGCAUCCCGGAUGUGGACGGUCAACUUCGAGUAACUUUAAGAUCUGUAACUCGGCCUUGCUGGCUUCGCGGUGUCUGUCGGUCCGUCUACACCCUCCCCCAACCUUCCCCUCCCUGGCAAAUCGAAGCACCCUGCCAGCCCGCGAGAGAGGAGGAGGAGGAAGAGGAGGAGGAGGAGGAAGAGGAAGAUGCCUCGGCCGGGCCGAAACACGUACAGCGACCAGAAGCCGCCUUACUCUUAUAUCUCGCUUACUGCUAUGGCCAUCCAGAGUUCCCCGGAGAAGAUGCUACCGCUGAGCGAAAUUUACAAGUUCAUCAUGGACCGCUUCCCCUACUACCGGGAGAACACACAGCGCUGGCAGAACAGUCUACGACACAACCUUUCGUUCAAUGACUGCUUUAUCAAGAUCCCACGGCGGCCAGACCAGCCCGGUAAGGGCAGCUUCUGGGCCCUGCACCCCAGCUGUGGGGACAUGUUCGAGAACGGCAGCUUCCUGCGGCGCCGCAAACGCUUCAAGGUGCUCAAGUCCGACCACUUGGCGCCCAGCAAACCGGCCGACGCGGCUCAGUACCUGCAGCAGCAGGCCAAGCUGCGCCUUAGCGCCUUGGCAGCCUCGGGCACCCACCUGCCCCAAAUGCCUGCGGCUGCCUACAAUCUGGGCGGGGUGUCGCAGCCCUCGGGCUUCAAGCACCCCUUCGCCAUAGAGAACAUCAUCGCUCGCGAGUACAAGAUGCCCGGGGGCUUGGCUUUCUCCGCCAUGCAGCCAGUGCCCGCCGCCUAUCCCCUCCCGAAUCAGUUGACUACCAUGGGCAGCUCCUUGGGUACUGGCUGGCCUCACAUGUAUGGCUCAGGCAUGAUCGACUCGGCCACCCCUAUCUCCAUGGCGAGCGGCGAUUACAGCGCAUACGGGGUGCCUCUGAAGCCACUGUGCCAUGGAGGGCAGACGCUGCCCGCCAUCCCGGUACCCAUCAAGCCCACGCCGGCCGCUGUGCCCGCCUUGCCCGCCUUGCCCGCGCCCAUCCCCACGCUGCUUUCGAACUCGCCCCCCUCACUCAGCCCUACUUCUUCGCAGACAGCGACUAGCCAAAGCAGCCCCGCCACCCCCAGCGAGACUCUCACGAGCCCGGCUUCCGCUUUGCACUCUGUGGCCGUGCACUGACCCGGAGAGGCAGGGCCCUAUUACCCCCUCCCUGUUACUCUUCCCCUUCCCCCAGCCACACAGUCCCUGCUUCUGAGAUUCUCGGAGGUCUCUUCUAACCAUCCACCCCACACCUUCUCCUUCUACCCCCCACAACUUCCCACAGGCUACACAAGACCCCCAUUUCAACCAAGUGCAGACUAGCUGCCCGAGUUGAAACUCUGACCAUUCCUCUUUCCCUUCCGUCCGGACCCCAGGCUUCUAGAACUUUGUUUUGGACAUGAAAGGAAACAACACAGAGACUUGGAGAGUCCGAGAAGUCUACGCCUCUAGGCGUGCAGGAAUGUUCAUGGUCCAUCCCUUGCCCAAGGGGAGGCUGUAGUUGGGUCACUAUCCCAUACCCCCAAGUCUCCCUCACCUCGCCCCACUUUGGAGGUAGAAGUGCAGCCCUAUUCAGGGCCUCCUGCCUCUCGAUCCCAGACUUCCUCCGGAACCCAAAUCCUCGAUGGCUUCUUUCCGCCCUCCUUUUGGCAGUCAACAGUUCAGAAAUAACUUAAAACCGCUUCAGAGCUACUAUCGUCUUUUUUCUUCUACCUGUACCUAUUCUAGGCGCGCCACUACCAGACGCCUUCAACUGUGAGGCCUAAGGGCAGGCCACUUCAGAUCCUGAAUCUCUGCUAUAUGUCUUUUCCAAGAGCUAGGGAUGGGACCACCAAGCCCCGAACUCCCACACAGCCCAACCCCCAGCCCGCUCCCACAGCCACCCACUUCUCAGUGCUUCCGAGACAGCAGCCAGCAAGUUCACCCAAGUUGCUUGCCCCGCUGCUCGCCCCAGUUUCAACUUGUGGGCUUUGGGUUUUGUAUUUGUUUUAUUUUUCUAUUUCUAUUUUUCAUUUUUCUAGCCAGGAGCACUGGGCAUUGAAUUCCUGGAAGUAGAAAGGGCUAGGCACAAAUGCCAAGGGCAGGACACCUGUCUGAGGAGGGUGGGGGAGGGGGAGAAACAAUAAACAAACAAACAAACCCAAUAUUGUUUACAAAGCCCCAGUCAAAAUGUAAAUAGUGAACUUGAGGCUCUACCCCAAGACUGGCUAGGUACACUUUACUAGUACCAGUUGUAAAACCAACGUUUACUUUCCAUUUCUGUAGAAGUGGGUUGAGGGAAAGUUGGAGGUUAGAGCAGGGGAAGCUGGGAAAAUUCAUUUGUAUGGCAACUUUUUUCUGAUUCCUUAGAGAUCAUUUAAGCUAUUUAUUUUACUGCUUAAUAAAAUUAAAAUGAAAUAAAACCACAAAUAAAAAGACAGCCAAGGGCAACCCUUCAUGAGUUAGCUGCAGUAGUGAACUGGUGAGAUGAGGUGGGGGGAAUAUCACUGGAGAUUUCUCGAUUAAGACUAGUCUUUCUGUUGUUUUAUUAGAAGCUUUCUGUUUUAUUAGAAGCUGAAAGGGCUGCAAAGGGGUGUACAUGCUUGUGAAUAGGAAUGAUGAUAAACUGUGUAAAAUGCACUUUUUGUUGGCUAUAUUCCCUUAGUUUUCGGUAGUUUGCUGGAAAUUGAACUGUUUUUCUGCUGUGAACUGCUUAAGUUAAAAAAAAAAGUUGUCAUCAGAGCUGUAAAGAAAUCUUUUUUUCCUUCCUGUACAGAAUAAGCAUGACAUUUAAAAUAUUGAUGUUCUUGUUCCCAGCAUGCCUGUUUUAAGACAAAGGAUUAAAAAAAGUGUCUAUGUUAAAUUAUGAACCUAGUCCAAAUAAUAUUUUCUCAUUAAAAUAUGUAAAUUCA